CCCACCACCACCACCACUACUGUCGCCGCCGCCACCACCAACCCCCACCAAUUUCCACCACCCAUUGCGCUCUAACCAAGCAAGGCCACCGCUUUCUCUCCUCCCUCGCCACCACCACCGACGAUCCAUCACACUCCAAUCGCUUAAUCCGUAAAUUCGUACUCUCCUCUUCCAAAUCCAUAGCUCUCAAUGCCCUCUCCCAUCUCCUCUCCCCCCACACUCCUCACCCCCACCUCUCCUCUCUCGCUCUCCCCUUGUAUUCGAGGAUCAGCGAAGCUUCAUGGUUCAAUUGGAACCCCAAGAUAGUAGCAGACCUUGUCGCUGUGCUUGAUAAAUAGGGACAAGAAGACAAAGUACAGUCAUUGAUUUCCAAGACCGUUUCCAAAUUAGGGUUUCGAGAACGCGACCUGGCUCUUUUCUACAGCAAUUUGAUUGAUUCUUAUUCUAAUCACAAACCAAAACUAGGUUUUUUUGAUUCCUACGCACGUUUGAAGGAGUUGGUGUAUCCUCCAUCCUCUGUUUAUGUAAAACGUCGUGCAUUUGAAUCGAUGACAGUGGCUUGUGAGCUAUGGAUCUACCUCAUGAAGUUGAGAAUGUGAUGGAAGAGAUGAGAGAUUUAGUAGUGAAAUCAUCUGUGUUCGAGUUCAGAUCUGUGAUAUACGCGUAUGGAAGAUUAGGCUUGUUCGAUGAUAUGAAGAGAUGUGUGGUUCAAAUGGAGAUUGAAGGUUUCAAAUUAGAUACAGUUUGUUCAAAUAUGGUUCUCUCAUCUUUUGGAGCUCACGGUGAGCUCCCGGAGAUGGUUUUGUGGCUCCAAAGAAUGAAAUCUUCAGGUGUUUCGUUUUCAAUUCGAACAUAUAACUCGGUGUUGAAUUCUUGCCCAACAAUCAUGACAAUGCUUCAAGAACUCAAAACUGUUCCCAUUUCAAUCCAAGAGCCAAUGGAGAAUUUGCGCGGCGAUGAAGGUUUGUUGGUUCAAGAGUUAAUUGGAUCAUCAGUUUUGGAGAAAGCAAUGGAAUGGAGUUCAUUGGAGGGGAAGUUAGAUUUGCAUGGAAUGCACUUUGGAUUGACCUGUUUGAUUAUGUUACAGUGGGCAGAGAAGCUGCGGUUAAGGUUCCGAGACUAGAAUCAGGUGGUUCUGACAGAGAUUCGAGUGGUUUGUGGGUCAAGAAAGCAUAGCCAAUGAAAGGUCUGGUUAAACAGAUGAUCGUUUGGAUUAGGCCAAGUUUGGGAAGACUAAAUAAGUGCACUUUUUGUCUUUUUUGACUAAA